GGGCUCCGCGGUUCCCUUCCAAUGAAGACAUUCAAAUGCUGUCUUAAAUACUCCUUACAAAAGAAAGUUUUCGUCCUGUUUUUAACCCUGUGGCUGUUCUCCUUGUUGAAGCUUUUAAACGUGGGGAAGAUCUUCUUUCCCGAAAGAGACAUUUACUUAGUGGAAUACUCUCUGAGUACCUCCGCCUUUGUAAGAAACAGGUAUACCCACGUUAAAAAUGAUGCUGGCUAUGACAUUAACUGUUCAGCUAUUCACGAACAGGAGCCACUGGAAAUUGGCAAGAGUCUGGAAAUCAGAAGAAAAGAAAUCAUCGACUUGGAUGAUGAUGAUGUUACGGCAAUGACCAGUGACUGCAAGAUCUAUCAGACCCUCAGAAGUUACCAUCAAAAGCUUGUUUCAAGGGAGGAGAAACGCUUCCCGAUAGCCUACUCAUUGGUGGUCCACAAAGACGCAAUUAUGGUUGAACGACUGAUCCAUACUAUAUACAACCAACACAACAUUUACUGCAUCCAUUAUGAUCGGAAGUCACCGGAUACCUUCAAGGUGGCCAUGAACAAUCUAGCUAAGUGCUUCUCUAAUAUUUUCAUUGCUUCCAAAUUAGAGACUGUGCAAUAUGCUCAUAUUUCCAGGCUCCAAGCUGAUCUGAACUGCCUGUCAGACCUUCUCAGGUCUUCAGUUCAGUGGAAAUAUGUCAUCAACCUCUGCGGGCAAGAUUUUCCCUUGAAGUCCAACUCUCAAUUGGUAUCAGAGUUGAAAAAACUCAACGGAACAAAUAUGUUGGAGACAGUGAGACCCCCUCACAGUAAAGUGGAAAGAUUCACUUACCACCACGAGCUCAAGCAGGUACCUUAUGAAUACAUGAGUUUACCAGUAAGGACAAACAUCUCCAAGGAACCCCCACCUCAUAACAUUGAGAUGUUUGUGGGCAGUGCUUACUUUGUGUUAAGUCGGGCCUUUGUGAGCUAUGUUCUCAACAGCUCCGUUGCUCAAGACUUUUUCAUCUGGUCUAAAGAUACGUAUUCACCUGAUGAGCAUUUUUGGGCUACCUUAACUCGGGUGCCAGGAGUGCCUGGGGAGAUUCCUAGGUCAGCCCAGGAUGUUUCCGACCUACAGAGCAAGACCCGCCUUGUCAAAUGGAACUAUCACGAAGGCCUUUUCUACCCGAGUUGUACGGGCUCUCACCUCCGCAGCGUGUGCAUCUAUGGAGCGGCUGAACUAAGGUGGCUGAUCAAAGACGGACACUGGUUCGCUAAUAAGUUUGAUUCUAAGGUGGACCCUGUCUUGAUUAAAUGCUUGACAGAAAAGCUGGAAGAACAACAGAGAGAGUGGAUGACCUUGUCUUCAGGGAAAAAAAAUCACGGCUGAAAGUCCCACACUCCUACUGCUGUCGUCAAUUCGUCACGAAGAUAAGGUGUCUAGUAAAAGCAGUUAGUAGGGAGGUACCAUCCAAACUUAACCUUCUUGUUGUUUGAAGGGUCCCCAGAUCCCAUACUUUGGGCAGAAAUCAGUCUAGAUAUUUUUUUAUGCUUUUUUUGCUCGUCAACUCACUGAGUUCAAUCCGAGGUCUUGAAAUGUCUAGCCGGUCAUCAAGGUUUAUUGAGUUUCAGCUGUCCUCCAGGCAUUUCUUAAGAAAUGUGUGGGACUUCAGUUCACGUUGUAACGAGGUGGACAAUACCUUCAAGGAGCCAUGGCUCACCACAAGCACACAGCAACUUUAACUUUUAAAAAAAUUAUCUUUAUUUAUUUGUUGGAUAGAGACUGUUAAAAAUCGAGAGGGCAGGAGUCAGGUGGUAGCGCAGAGGGUUAAACGCAGGUGGUGCAAAGCGCAAGGACCAGUGAAGGAUCCUGGUUUGAGCCCCCGGUUCCCCACCUGCAGGGGAGUCACUUCUUCACAGGCGGUGAAGCAGGUCUGCAGGUGUCUGUCUUUCCCCCUCUCUGUCUUCCCCGCCUCUCUCCAUUUCUGUCUGUCCUAUCCAACAACAAUGACAUCAACAAUAACUACAACAAUAAAACAACAAGGGCAACAAAAGGGAAUAAAUAAAUAUUUUUAAAAAUGGAAAAAAAUGAGAGGGCAGGGAGAGGUAGAGAGUCAGAGAGACACCUGCAGCCGUGCAUCACCACUUGCAAAGCUUUUCCCCUGCAGGUGGGGACUGGGGGCUGGGGGCUCAAACCUGUGUCCUUGAGCGCUUUAACAUGUGCGUUCAACCAGGUGCACCACCCGGCCCCUGGUAACUUUAACUUGAAAUUCUCCAGAUAACUAUCAAGAUUCUCUUGCAGAAAUUCUGGAGUACUGAAGGCUGGUAACCAUAUAACUUGCCCAUUUUAGGAUAGUAUUGGAGAACCAUACCCAGCCCUCCACAGGUCUCUUAACUCGGCUUAACUUCACCAUGAGAACCCUAGAAGGGGCUACUACCUCAGACGAGCUCAAGGAGUUGCCAAAGCCCAGCUCACCUUUGGGUGUGCCACCCGCUCAGCACUAGAGACGCAUGGGGUGUGGUUGGUGUGGAGACGCGGACGGGGAGGCCGAGGAGUAGGAGCAGGAGACGCGGUGUCUGAGGAGGAGGACUUUUUAUGUCACUGGAGCCUCGCUGCUCUGGGCCAACUUUUUUUGUUUGAACUUUUUUUGUUUGUUUGUUUGGUUUUUUUCAGAUAGAAAGAGUGAAGGAGGGAGAGAGGGAAAGACACCACAUCACAAAGGCUUCCUCCAGCGCAGGGGCCGGGCUCAGCCCCCCGUCAUCCACAUGGCAAAGCAGAUACUGGAGAGAAUGACUUCUGUGCCACACUGCAUACGAAGUCCAGAGUGACUGGUCUUGUCCUUCCUC